CGCGGCCCGGGAAGAUGGCGGCGGCAGCGGCGGGGCGGCGGAGGAGGGACGGCGCCCCACAUCAUUUGAAAGAAAAGGAUGUUCUAGAUGCGUAUUUCCUUCCAAAUGAAGCAAAUCUUCGUCAGGUCAUUAUAUUUCCAAAAGCAGAAUGGGAAAGGAUUCAGGGCAGCAUUAGGGAAGCAGCACACAUCGAUGAGAAGAAAGAACAGGAAGAAGUGCACUUGGACUCCAAAGCUGCUGGAAAAAACCCGCCCAAUGCCACUCUGAGCCUGAUACAACAGAAGCUUCAAGCCAAAAAAUUACGUGAAGAAAAGGAAGAGGAAGGAAGGAAGUUACUUGAUUUGGAAGAAGCAAAGUUCCAAGCAGCAAAACGGAAGGAGGUUAUCGACUGCACAAAAACCUACCUAGGCUAUCAGGAUGACAGAAUGAGACACUUCCAUAGUGCACUUCUACUUACUAAGGUCCUAAAAGAAAGAGAUGCUCAAGCUGAAUUUCUGAAGUCAAGAUUAGUUGAUAAUAAAAAGAGGGAUUAUGAAGAAGAGCAACGUCAAUUUAAAGAAUACCUUCUCAGUGAGCAAGAAAAAGUACAUCAGCGUUAUAUGAAUCAACAGGCGCUACGCAAAGAUCAGCUAGAACAAAUAAAAGAGCGUGAGCAUCAAGCAGAUCUAGCCAAACAGGAAAAAAAAAAAGAAGAGGAAGAAAUACAGAGAUCAAUCCAACUGUACCAACUAGAAAUGCAGAGAAAAAGAGAAAAGAAACACGAGGAAAAAAUGGAACGCCAGAGGCUGUAUCACGAGUAUGUAAAUGACCAGAAAAUAAUCAAAGCAAUAGAGGAACAAAACCAAAUGGAAGAAGAUGAUCGGAUCAAAGCUCAUUUUAAAGCAAAAGAAAUUAUUGCCAAGAUGAGGAAAAAGAGAGAAGCUGAAAUGCGUAGACAGGCACAGGAACAACAGGACAAAAUCAUUAGUCGAAUAGCUGCACAAAUGAGUGAGGCAUUAAAGAUGGAAGGUAAACGACUGGCUAGAGAUGUUGCAAGAAUAGAAGCUGAACAAGAAAGAAAAUGCAAAGAGAAAGAAGCAAAACAAAAGGCUGCCAUUGAAUCUAUUGCUGAACACAGAGCCGCCGUGAUGAAGCUGAAAGAGGAAAAGGAGAGACAGGAGAAAGAAGAGGCUGAAAAAGAACGUGAUGUAUUAAUGGAAAAAGCCCGUGUCCACCUGGAAAUGGAAAACAACAAAAAACACGGACGAUAUGAGGCAAACAGAGAAGUACAGAAAAUUCAGCUCCAGCAAAUGUUUUACAGGAUGGUGAUGUUGAGAACAAAAUAUUCCUUUUGUUUCAUCAGGCUGAAAAGCAGGCAAGAAAAGAGCAGGAAAGGCAAGCAGAAUUGGACUAUGAUGCUCAGACACAGGCUAUUGCACUUUCUAAAGAGCAUGAGUUUCAGAAAUAUGCAAAGGAAUUAAUCGAAACAGAGUCCAAGACUACACAUCAUCUUUAUCCUAUCCUCAAAGCAUGCGAAGAUGGAAGAGGGCUUGGUCAUAGCCCAUUUUUCUGAGAAAAGAAGAAAUAAAUACUAGUUUCCAAACAUA